CCCUAGUCAAGGCACAAUUGAGGCUUCGCGGGGCCCGGGCCCGCCCGAUACCGCAGGACCAUGGAGGCAGCAGCUGUGGCGGCGGUCCUGGGGUUCCUGCUCCUGGCCGCCGCGGGCAGCUCGGCCGGGGACGAGGCCCGGGAGGCGGCGGCCGUGCGGGCGCUGCUGGCCCGGCUGCUGGGGCCCGGGCCGGCGGCCGCCUUCUCCGUGUCUGUGGAGCGCGCCCUGGCGGCCGAGUCCGGCCUGGACACCUAUCGCUUGAGCGGUGGCGGCGCCGGGGCGCGGGUGCGAGUGCUCGGCUCCACCGGCGUGGCCGCCGCCGCGGGACUGCACCGCUACCUGCGCGACUUCUGCGGCUGCCACGUGGCCUGGUCAGGCUCUCAGCUGCGCCUGCCGGAGCCGCUGCCCGCGGUGCAGGAGGAGCUGACCGAGACCACGCCCAACAGGUACCGCUAUUACCAGAAUGUGUGCACGCACAGCUACUCCUUCGUGUGGUGGGACUGGGCCCGCUGGGAGUGGGAGCUGGACUGGAUGGCACUGAAUGGCAUCAACCUGGCACUGGCCUGGAAUGGCCAGGAGGCCAUCUGGCAGCGGGUGUACCUGGCCUUGGGCCUGACCCAGUCAGAGAUCGAUGAGUACUUCACAGGCCCCGCCUUCCUGGCCUGGGGGCGCAUGGGCAACCUGCACACCUGGGGUGGCCCCCUGCCCCGCUCCUGGCACCUCAAACAGCUUUACCUACAGCAUCGGAUCCUGGACCGCAUGCGCUCCUUCGGCAUGAUCCCGGCGUUGCCUGCCUUUGCAGGGCACAUCCCCAAGGCUCUCACCAGGGUGUUCCCUCAGGUCAACGUCACCCAGCUGGGCAGCUGGGGACACUUCAACUGCUCCUACUCCUGCUCCUUCCUCCUGGCUCCGGAAGACCCUCUAUUCCCUAUCAUUGGGAGCCUCUUCCUGCGGGAGCUGACCAAAGAGUUUGGCACAGAUCACAUCUAUGGGGCCGACACUUUCAACGAGAUGCAACCCCCAUCCUCAGAGCCCUCCUACCUUGCGGCAGCCACAGCCUCUGUCUACCAGGCCAUGAUCACAGUGGACCCUGACGCUGUGUGGCUGCUCCAAGGCUGGCUCUUCCAGCACCAGCCCCAGUUCUGGGGGCCGGCCCAGGUGAGAGCCGUGCUGGGGGCAGUGCCCCGUGGCCGCCUCUUGGUUCUGGACCUGUUUGCUGAGAGCCAGCCCAUAUACGUCCGAACAGCCUCCUUCCACGGCCAGCCCUUUAUCUGGUGCAUGCUGCAUAACUUUGGGGGCAACCACGGUCUGUUCGGGGCCCUGGAGGCCGUGAACCGGGGCCCUGCAGCGGCCCGCCUCUUCCCCAAUUCCACUAUGGCAGGCACGGGCAUGGCCCCUGAGGGCAUUGGCCAGAACGAAGUGGUCUAUGCCCUCAUGGCCGAGCUGGGCUGGCGGAAGGACCCGGUGGCUGAUUUGGAGGCCUGGGUGACCGGCUUUGCGGCCCGUCGGUAUGGAGUCGCCCACAAGGGUACAGAGGCCGCAUGGAGGCUGCUUCUCAGGAGUGUCUACAAUUGCUCUGGGGAGGCCUGCAUUGGGCACAAUCGCAGCCCUCUGGUCAGGAGGCCGUCCCUGCGGAUGGUUACUACUGUCUGGUACAACCGCUCGGAUGUGUUUGAGGCCUGGCGCUUGCUGCUGACAGCCACUCCCGCCCUGGCCACGAGCCCUGCCUUCCGCUACGACCUGCUGGACGUCACUCGCCAGGCAGCCCAGGAGCUGGUCAGCCUCCACUAUGGGGAGGCCAGGACCGCCUACCUCAACAAGGAGCUGGUUCCCCUGCUCAGGGCGGCAGGCACCCUGGUCUACGAGCUUCUGCCUGCGCUGGACACAGUGCUGGCGAGUGACCACCGCUUCCUGCUGGGUGGCUGGCUGGAGCAGGCCCGGGCGGCCGCCGUCAGCGAGGCCGAGGCCCGUUUCUAUGAGCGGAACAGCCGCUACCAGCUGACGCUGUGGGGGCCCGAGGGCAAUAUCCUGGACUAUGCCAACAAGCAGCUGGCAGGGCUGGUGGCUGACUACUACACCCCGCGCUGGGAGCUCUUCGUGGACAUGCUGGUCGAGAGCCUGGUCCAAGGCAUUCCCUUCCAACAGCACCAGUUUGACGAGAAGGCCUUCUGGCUGGAGCAGACCUUUGUCUUCAGCACACGGAGGUAUCCCAGCCAGCCCCAAGGUGACACUGUGGACCUGGCCAAGAAGCUCUUCCUCAGAUAUUACCCCCGGUUGGUGGCUGGCUCCUUGUGACAGAUGAACCACCCCUGGGUGGUGUGCUUCCCAAAUUCCAGGCCUGGGCAAAGGAACUCAAGACCUGCCAGAGGAUCAGGCAUGGGAAACUGGGAGGGAGGUGAGCUGCCCUCCUCCACCACCCCAAAUUUGGGAUCAAAGUACUAUUUUAAUACAACUUAAUAAACUGGUGAAUCACCUGGGCCUAUC